AUGUCGAUAGUUCGUUCUUCAGUCCAUGCCAAGUGGGUGGUGGGAAAGGUGAUUGGAACAGCCAUGCAGAAGACGGCCAAAGUGAGAGCCACCAGGCUUGUUCUGGAUCCCUACCUGUUGAAGACGCUGCAGGUCCACCAUGUGCUUGACGCUGCCAACGCUGAUGGGACAUCAUGUAACGACCAGGACCGUGCCAGCAAGGAGCUUACUAGUGACAUGGGGGAGGUGGAAUGGGCCCACGGGGAGGGACUGGUCGGCUUUGGAGACGGUUAUGAGCCAUUCAGGGAUUUGGCCUCCUCCAGUGUGAGGCCUCGAGAAGACAGCUGGCUGAAGUCCUUAUUUGUCCGGAAGGUGGACCCGAGGAAAGACGCCCACUCCAACCUCCUGGCCAAAAGGGAGACCAGCAGCCUGUACAAGCUGCAGUUUCACAAUGUUAAGCCGGAGUGCCUAGAAGCUUACAACAAAAUUUGUCAAGAGGUGUUGCCAAAGAUUCACGAAGAUAAACAUUACCCUUGUACUUUGGUGGGGACUUGGAACACGUGGUAUGGCGAGCAGGAUCAAGCUGUCCAUCUCUGGAGGUAUGAAGGUGGCUACCCAGCCCUCACAGAGGUGAUGAAUAAACUCAGAGAAAAUCAGGAAUUUGUGGCAUUCCGGAAGGCACGAAGUGACAUGCUCCUGUCCAGGAAGAAUCAGCUGCUGCUGGAGUUCAGCUUCUGGAACGAGCCUGUGCCCCGAUCAGGACCCAACAUAUACGAGCUCAGGUCUUACCAACUCCGACCCGGAACCAUGAUCGAGUGGGGCAAUUACUGGGCCCGAGCCAUUCGCUUCCGGCAGGACAGCAACGAAGCCGUGGGCGGGUUCUUCUCUCAGAUCGGCCAGCUGUAUAUGGUGCACCAUCUCUGGGCUUACAAGGAUCUUCAGUCCCGGGAAGAUAUACGAAAUGCAGCGUGGCAUAAACAUGGCUGGGAAGAAUUAGUAUAUUAUACAGUCCCACUUAUUCAGGAAAUGGAAUCCAGAAUCAUGAUUCCUCUGAAGACCUCGCCCCUCCAGUAG